AUCUGCUUGGACAGACCCCUGUACAGCCAUGACGUCUCAUGCAGCAAACGAUGCUUCCACCUUCAGGAGGUCCAUUCUGAAAACGCCUUCGUCGCGGGGCCCUUCCCCCGCGUCUAGAGCAUCAUGUUCUCCAUCUCCAUUCCCCUCGUCGCCUGCGUCGGUUAGUCCCAGCCCGUCCCCGCCGCCCCCCUGCAUCAUCAACGUUGUCCCUAAACGAGUCAUGGUCCUGGAGGCUGCGAAUCGCGGUCAACGUAUGCAGGAAUGUCUUGAAAGUCCCAGCGAAGAAAAAGGACCGUUGUCGUUCGAGGAACAGGAAAGCCCAAGUCCCGUCAUUGUUGUGUCUCCGCCUAUAGAACUUGGGGUGUCCGACGACCUAGUGGGCUCACUGGGCUGCGAGGAAGAAACCUCAGUUGGGCUCACAACCAUGACUACAACACGCCCAAAAAGUCCUUUUUCGCCGAAAAAAGAAGAAGCAAGCAACGAAAGCUUUUGGGACAAACUUGGAACUUUGGGACGGAAAAAGAAAGUCAAAGAAGUGAAUGAAGUGGUCACUGAAGGCAAGCAUGCCAUUGACUCACCUGGGGCUCCCUUCAUGCCCAACAUGCCUACUGAAGAUUAUGGACUCCAGGACAAUGAGGAGCGCUCCAUGAUUGCUCCAGGAUCCAACACCAAUCCUCGACUGAUCCAACUAGUGGAGGUGCUGCUUGAAUGGCUCAAUGAUGUUCUCGCUCCUGACAGAAUCAUUGUCAGAGACAUGGAGGAGGAUUUGUAUGAUGGCUGUGUUCUUCAUAAACUCAUUGAGCGGCUGACGGGGAUCACACUGGACAACGUGCCUGAGGUGACGCUCAGUGAGGAGGGGCAGCGCCAGAAGCUGCAACGCGUGCUGCGAGCUGCCAAUCAUAUCCUGGGCGUGGGUGGAGUGCAGCAGUACCAGCCUAAGUGGAGCGUGGAGAGCAUCCACAGCAAGAAUCUGGUGGCCAUCCUGCACCUGCUGGUGGCGCUAGUGCGUCACUUCAGAGCCCCCAUCAGGCUGCCAGACAACGUCGUCAUCGACGUCAUCAUCGUCCAGAUGCGUGACGGCAUCCUCAACCACAGACGCGUCAACGAGAAGCUCACGGGUGUAUACGAUGACCUCGGACUGCGUCAUGAGAGAGACGCUUUCGAUGCUCUUCUGGACCAGGCUCCUGACAAGCUCGACGUUGUCAAGAAGAGCUUGGUUACGUUCGUGAACCGACAGCUGAACCGCAUCAACCUUGAAGUGCAAGAGAUUGAGACCGAGUUCCACGAUGGGUGUCACUUGUGCCUCCUCAUGGGGCUGCUCGAGGGUUACUUUGUCCCGCUCUACCACAUCUACAGCACUCCCCAGACCUUCGACGAGAAGCUACACAACGUCAAUGCCGCCUUUGAGCUAAUGAUGGACGCGGGGCUGGACAGACCAAAGGCCAGACCUGAAGACAUCGUGAACAAGGACCUGAAGUCGACGUUGCGGGUGCUGUACAACCUCUUCUCAAAGUACAAGAACCUGGCGUGAGCAGAUCACACGUCGUCCGUCCUCCACAGUCAAGCGUGUAAAUUAACAAUUGUCCAUAAGGAAAUCUAUUUACCAUACCACUUAAGUUUAUUAAAGCUAACCACGAACGAAUAGUUGUUUAGUGCCGGAAGUAAGACGGCGUCGAAUUGUUCACUUCGUGUAGCAGUUCAAAAUUUAUUUUAUAAUUCCGUUUGAAUGAAGACUGAAAAUUUGAAUCUAUCUAAGCGAGAUAAAUAAGUCAAUUCUUAAUGUAAUAUGUGUCUUCCUAACUGCGACUAAUUACUUCUGUGCAGCCGUUGGCUUUACUUAUGCUUAAUUACAAAUUUAUUUUAACCAUUAAUGCUGGAAAACUAGUGCCAAAGAAAUAACUUUUGUGCCUUCGUAUUUCUCCGUCAAAAAAUGUUGGUAGUUACACUUUAAUACCUAACCUAUGUAUACUAAGAAUACAAAUAAUAAAAGUAUUGAUGUUUA